UAAGCCCCUUCUAUAUAAGCAACUCCUCUCCUACCCUCUACUCCAACUCCAACUCCAACUCCAACAAUUUUCCCUCACUUUUUCCCUCUGACCAAACACGUGAACACCCACGAGGAGCAAAACCCUCUGUCUCUCUCACCAAUGGCUUGCUCAAGCUCUGCUUUGAAAACCAUCUCUUGCUCUGUCAAACUAGCAAUUCCAACAAGAUCGCUCCCAGCUUCUUCACCCACCUACACACCCCUGCCCUCCAAGCUCUCAAACCCAUCUCUCACCGGAAGCCUCAAACUCCACUCGACGCCGCCACAAAGCUUCAGCUUUGCACUUCCUAAAAGGUCAUUCUCUUGCAAAAGCCAGGCCGACCCAUCAGGCUCUGCAAGACCCACCAAAGUUCAGGAGCUGUACGUGUACGAGAUCAACGAGCGUGACCGUGGAAGCCCUGCUUACCUCCGGUUGAGCCAGAAAUCCGUCAAUUCCCUUGGCGAUCUCGUCCCUUUGACUAACAAAUUGUAUACCGGAGACCUGCAAAAACGGGCGGGGAUCACAGCGGGAAUAUGCAUUUUGAUCGAGAACGAACCGGAGAAGAAAGGGGACAGGUACGAGGCGAUCUACAGCUUCUACUUCGGGGACUACGGUCACAUAUCGGUGCAGGGAGCGUAUUUGACCUACGAGGACACGUAUUUGGCGGUGACCGGUGGCUCCGGGAUCUUUGAGGGAGCGUACGGGCAGGUGAAGCUGCAGCAGCUUGUGUUCCCCUUCAAGCUCUUCUACACAUUUUACUUGAAAGGCCUCAAGGACGACUUGCCUGAGGAGCUUCUUGGCAAGCCAGUCGAGCCCAGCCCAGAGGUGGAGCCGACCCCAGCUGCAAGGGCUUGUGAGCCCCACGCCACAUUACCCAAUUUCACUAACUAAUGGGGGGAAAAGCAGGAAUAAGUUUUGUUUUUUGGAGUAAUUUUUGAUAGGAAUGUGGGUCAUAAAACCUUCUUAAUAAACUCUCGAACCAUGUGAGGUAGAUGGGAUGAUGAUGGAUUGAUGGUGGUGGUGACUGCCAACAAAUAUCUUGUCAUUUUCCCUUUGUUAAUUGAUGCCCUUGAAAGAAAAAACGUGUGUGUGGUGGGGUUGAUGGAGGCAUGUAUUGGGAGACAGCAAAGAUGUGUGCUUGGACUUUAAUUUAUUCUACUUUUGAAGAAGAAGCAUGUGGAUCAACAAAUUCAAGGA